GGCAGUGAGUGACGGUGCGGCCAGGCCCGCGGGCGGCAUGGGGCGGGUGCAGCUCUUCGAGAUCCGCCUGAGCCGCGGCCGCGUCGUCUACAGCCCCGGGGAACCGCUGGCAGGGACCGUGCGCGUAUGCCUGGGGGCGCCGCUGCCUUUCCGAGCCAUCCGAGUGAGCUGCACAGGUUCCUGCAGGGUCUCCAGCAAGGCCAAUGAUGCUGCGUGGGUGGUGGAGGAGGGCUAUUUCAACAGCACUCUGUCGCUGGCUGACAAGGGGAGCCUGCCCACUGGAGAGCACAACUUCCCUUUCCAGUUUCUGCUUCCUGCCACCGCACCCACGUCUUUCGAGGGCCCUUUUGGGAAGAUUGUGCACCAGGUGAGGGCCACCAUUGACACGCCACGCUUUUCCAAGGGUCACCAGUGCAGCUGUGUCUUCUACAUCUUGAGCCCCCUGAACCUGAACAGCAUCCCAGAUAUUGAGCAACCCAAUGUGGCCUCUGCCACCAAGAAGUUCUCCUACAAGCUGGUGAAGACGGGCAGCGUGGUCCUCACAGCCAGCACAGACCUCCGAGGCUAUGUGGUGGGGCAGGUGCUGCGGCUGCAGGUGGACAUUGAGAACCAGUCGGGCAAGGACACCAGCCCUGUCAUGGCCAGUCUGCUGCAGAAAGUGUCCUACAAGGCCAAGCGCUGGAUCUACGAUGUGCGGACCAUCGCGGAGGUGGAGGGUGCUGGUGUCAAGGCCUGGAGACAGACGCAGUGGCAAGAACAGAUCCUGGUGCCUGCCCUGCCUCAGUCUGCCCUGCCAGGCUGCAGCCUCAUCCACGUGGACUACUACCUACAGGUCUCCCUGAAGGCGCCUGAAGCCUCCGUGACCCUCCCGGUCUUCAUCGGCAAUAUCGCUGUGAACCAAGCCCCGCUGAGCCCCCGGCCAGGCCUUGGGCCACCUGCUGGGGCUCUGCCCUUGGUGGUGCCCUCUGCACCGCCCCAGGAGGAAGCAGAGGCAGCUGCUGGCCACCCCCACUUUGCAGACCCUGCUUCCCUCAUCACCCAGAGCCAUUUGCAGCCGCCACUGCCUGGCGGUGCUGAUCCCUGUCCUCUGGACGGCAGCCCUGCUUCCCACCCUGUGCCCCCUACCUUGUGCAUCUCCACAGGUGCCACCGUGCCCUACUUUGCAGAGGGGUCGGGAGGGGCAGUGCCCACCAUUGGUACCUUGAUUCUCCCCCCAGAGUACAGUUCCUGGGGCCACCCCUAUGAGGCUCCUCCGUCCUACGAGCAGAGCUGCAGCGGUGCGGACCCGGGCCUGACCCCAGGGAGCUGACCCUGAACCGAUCCGCCUUCUCCAGGCGGGCUGACCUUUGCUGUGGGACUCAGGGCCUCGUGCCUUCACUCCCAGCCUGGCCUGGCCUACUCAGGACUCUUCACGCCCUGCCGGGCCCUCUUCCUCCCCUGGGCCUCCUCUUUGGCCCCCUGCAGUCGGCCUCUCCUAGCAGCAGGGACUGGACGGACAGGUGUAAAUAAAGCUCUUCAUUUGUA